AUGCUUCAACAUUGUAAAGGUUUGCCACUAGCCAUCACGGUGCUUGCGGGACUUCUAGCUAGAAAAGACACAGUUGAUGAGUGGAAUGCGGUGCAUAAGAAUGUUUAUGCAUAUAUAAGGAGAGGCACAGACCUUGGACCCAAUUACAAAGGUGAAGGAUAUGAAGGGGUAUCAUGGAUAUUGGAAUUGAGUUACGAUAAUUUAUCAUAUCACUUAAAACUAUGCUUUCUAUACUUAGCCCAUUUUCCGGAAGAUUAUGAAAUACAUGUGAGUACAUUGACUAAACUAUGGAUGACAGAAGGUUUUAUAUCAUCGGCAUCAGCAGAAGUAAUGGAAGAUGUAUCAUAUAUGUGCUUAAGUGAGUUAGUGGGCAGGUGCAUGGUUCAAGUUGGAAAACAUGGUUCGAGUAAGAAGAUCAAGACUUGUCAUCUCCACGAUCUUAUGCGAGACUUAUGCAUGUUAAAGGCAAAAGAAGGGAACUUUGUCCAUAUUAUCAAUUAUUCUGUAGCUACAGAGACCAAGGAAAUACCAAACAGUAAAGUUCGAAGCCUUGCCUUCUAUUUGGAUGAAACAGUUGGGGCAUGUUGUCCGAGGAGAGAUGAAAGAGAUGGACAUGUUAGGUCUUUGUUAUACUUUGUCCCAAAAUUCUGGAACUUGGGAUCAAAGGUGACCAAAAACUUAUUGCGGUCACUAUUAAAGAACUUCACAUUGCUUAGAGUUUUGAAGUUUGAAGGUAUGCAUGGUAGAGAGUUCAAGUUACCGAAUGAAGUUGGGAAUCUAGUGCACUUAAAGUUUUUAAGUGUAAAGGAUAGUGAUAUUCAAGCGGUGCCAUCAUCUAUAGCAAAUUUGGUAUGUUUGCAGACUCUAGAUUUACGUAGCCUUUAUUGGGAUCUUAAAAUUCCAAAUCGAAACGUGUUUUCCAAGAUGGAAAAAUUGAGACAUAUAUAUUUACCCAAAUAUCAGAGUGCAAGAGAGAAACGUCUGUUAUUUGCUACUGAGGCAGUGAAUUUGCACACGAUAGUCAAUAUUUGUAUUCAGGCAUCAUCUGAUCUAGAUGAUUUUGUUAAACUAACCAACCUUAGAAAAUUGGGAGUCAUCGCAUUGGACGGAGUGGAAAAAAAGGAGAAAGGGACAAACAUCAUAUUUAAGCAUCUCCACUCCCUAUCGGUGGACUCUGUUUUUAAGGUUGUACCAUGGAACAUAGCAUUAAGCUGUCCUAAUAUAUACAAGCUGCGACUACAUGGAGAAAUCACAGAGUUACCAAAAGACCUCCUGCGCCUUACGAACCUCACCAAGCUUACACUGAUAGAUUUUGGUGAUCUCAAGGACGACCACAUAAAAGUAUUAGAGAAGCUGCCAAGCUUGAGAAUGCUUUUCCUUCAUAUGCGGCGUAAAUUCCAUCUUGGCAUUACUUUUGGGGGACCUCUUGUUUGCUCAAAAGGAGGCUUUCCAUUACUCGAAUUUCUUUCUCUUUCUGACUUGAUGCACUUAAAAGAAUGGAAGGUGGAGAAAGGAGCCAUGCCUAGUCUCUGCAGAUUGCACAUUUGCAAUUGCCAAAAGUUGGAGGCAGUUCCAGAUGGGCUCCAAUAUAUUUCUACCCUCAGGGAAUUAACCAUCGGUUGGAUGCAUUUUGAAUUCUGUAGCAGGCUUCGGGAAGGAGGAGAGGAUUUUUACAAAAUCCAACAUGUGCAGUCUGUUAUUAUAAUUGUCCGGGAUAAAUGUUAA